GCUCCUAACCCACCUUUUGGCUGACAGAGCCCCAAGCGAGCAGGUGUCCCCACAACCGCCAAGAUGCAGCCAUGGCUCUGGCUGGUCUUCAGUGUGAAGCUGGCAGCUCUCUGGAGCAGCUCUGCCCUCAUUCAGACCCCUAGGUCCUUGACAGUUCUAACCAAUCAAAUGGCAAAAGUGUCCUGUGAAGCUAAAACCCUCCCUAAGACCACAGUCAUCAGCUGGCUGAGACAGCGCCAGGGACCCACCAAGGACAAGCACUUUGAGUUCCUGGCCUCCUGGAACCCUUCCAGAAGAACCGCUACGUACGGUGAAGGGGUGAAGAAGGAGAGUAUAAUGGUGUUUUCGGAUAUAACCCGGCACAUUCUCAAUCUUACGAGUGUGAAACUAGAGGACAGUGGCAGCUACUUCUGCAUGAUGGUCGGGAGCCCUCAGCUGAUCUUUGGGACAGGGACGGAGCUGAGUGUGGUGGAUGUCCUUUCUACAACUGCCCAGACCACCAAGAAGACUGUCUUCAAGAAGAAACUAUGCCCAGUCCCCAAACCAAAGGCCCAGAAGGGCCUGACAUGUGGCCUCAUUACCCUCAGCCUGCUGGUGGCCUCCCUCCUGGUUCUGCUGGUGUCCCUGAGUGUGGCCAUUCGCCUUCACUGCCUUCGCAGGAAAGCCCAAAUUCGCUUCAUGAAACAGUUUCACAAGUGAUCAGCACACACAACACCGACAUCCCGUCACAAAAGGACAAUGCUCAGUAAGAAGCAAGAUCUGGACAAAUGAGAGAAGGGUCCAUUCUACCCUGGGGAUUCCACUGCCUUGCUCAAGCCAUCUGCUUUGAACCACUGCAAGGUCUGUCAAGCCAUCUGCUUUGAACCACUGCAAGUUCUGUCUGUGACCUCAGGCAUGGGAACCUCUUGCUUGUUUACCUGGAGUCUCACAGAGAAGGCUCCAGAAUCCAGAGCCAUUCACAGAGUGUGCUGAAGAACCAAGAACGCCCAUCAUGACACCCCUGUGGUCCUGGCACCCUUCUUGGACUGGGCCUUCAGCCACUAUCUUUGUAGGUUGCUUGGUAGGGCAGCAAUUUUGGCUCUUUGGCCUCUCAUGGGAGAGAGCUGGGGAUGGGGGCCACCCUGGGUCUUCCCAGAGAAGACGGUCCGUCCUCACAGGGAGAAGCCAGCUUGUGACUGAAGAGUCCCACAAACUGCAUCUAGGCUCUCGCCAGCUAUCUUCGUCUCUCUUGGGAACCUGUUGUGUCAGGAGACAGACUUCUUCAUCUCCUAGUAGGAGAUUCUUAAGCUUCACUUCUCUCUCGUGGCUUGGAUAUUUCUCCUCUCUGCCUCUGCCGUUUUUAUGGAAAAUGUCAUGGCUGUAAAAAUAAAGUCCUGUGUUACAGACACAA